AGUGGGUGUGCGCCUCAGGCCGCCAUUUCUUGGCGUCUCCAGAGGAGCCGCCCCCUCCUCAGCCUCGCUCGGACCUCUCCCGUCUCGUCGCCGGCGCCCCGCGCCCCCUUCGCCGCCGCGCCGUCGUCCCCAGCCCAGUGACAAAAAUGCUGAGCUUCUUGCGGAGAACGCUCGGGCGUCGGUCAAUGCGUAAACACGCUGAGAAGGAGCGACUCCGAGAAGCUCAACGAGCUGCCACGCACAUCCCUGCAGCUGGAGAUUCUAAGUCCAUCAUCACGUGUAGGGUGUCCCUUCUGGAUGGUACUGAUGUUAGUGUGGACCUGCCGAAAAAAGCCAAAGGACAAGAGCUGUUUGAUCAGAUUAUGUACCACUUGGACCUUAUUGAAAGCGACUAUUUUGGACUGAGAUUCAUGGAUUCUGCGCAAGUAGCACAUUGGUUGGAUGGUACAAAAAGCAUCAAAAAGCAAGUAAAAAUUGGGUCACCAUAUUGUCUGCAUCUUCGAGUUAAAUUUUAUUCCUCAGAACCCAAUAAUCUUCGUGAAGAGCUAACCCGAUAUUUAUUUGUUCUUCAGUUAAAACAAGACAUUCUCAGUGGAAAAUUAGAGUGUCCCUUUGAUACAGCGGUUCAGUUGGCAGCUUAUAAUCUGCAAGCUGAACUUGGUGACUAUGAUCUUGCUGAGCAUAGUCCUGAGCUUGUGUCUGAGUUCAGGUUCGUGCCCAUUCAGACUGAAGAGAUGGAGCUGGCUAUUUUUGAGAAAUGGAAAGAAUACAGAGGUCAGACACCAGCACAAGCUGAAACCAAUUAUCUGAAUAAAGCCAAAUGGCUAGAAAUGUAUGGGGUUGAUAUGCAUGUGGUCAAGGCUAGAGAUGGGAAUGACUAUAGCUUGGGACUAACCCCAACAGGAGUCCUUGUUUUUGAAGGAGAGACCAAAAUUGGCUUAUUUUUUUGGCCCAAGAUAACCAGAUUGGAUUUUAAGAAGAAUAAAUUAACCCUGGUGGUUGUAGAAGAUGAUGAUCAGGGGAAAGAGCAGGAGCAUACAUUUGUCUUUAGGCUGGAUCAUCCAAAAGCAUGCAAACAUUUAUGGAAAUGUGCUGUGGAGCAUCAUGCCUUCUUCCGCCUCCGAGGCCCUGUCCAAAAGAGUUCUCAUCGAUCUGGAUUUAUUCGACUGGGAUCACGGUUUCGAUAUAGUGGGAAAACUGAGUAUCAGACCACAAAAACCAAUAAAGCAAGAAGAUCAACAUCCUUUGAAAGAAGACCCAGCAAACGAUAUUCUCGACGAACUCUACAAAUGAAAGCAAGUACAGCAAAACCUGAAGAACUCAGUGUUCACAGUAAUGUUUCAACUCACAGUAAUGGCUCCCAACAGGCUUGGGGAGUGAGAUCUACUCUGCCUAUGACUCCUUCCAUUCCCUCUGGGCCUGUGCUGGUGGAGAUAGAGAAUCUUCCAAGGAGUCCUGGAACAGACCAGCAUGACAGGAAAUGCUUGCCUCUGAAUAUUGAUUUGCUAGAUAGUCCAGACUUAUUGGAAACAACCAUUGAUGAUGUAAUUGGGGCACCUGACACUGUGGAAACAUCCCAAGCUCCAGAUGAAAUUCACAUAGCCACCAGGCAAACUGGAUUAGAGGAACCUGAAAUUGAAUGCGGGACAUUAAAAGAUGCCUCAGACAAGCUCAAACACCUUGAGAUGGAAAACGGUCCAUUGCCAUCCCCUCGUCCCAACAUUGAUGUUAACAUCAACAACCAGGAGGAAGUGGUGAAGUUGACUGAGAAAUAUCUUAAUAAUGCCAUUGAGAGCCCAGGAUUGAAUGCCAGGAGAGUUCCUCCUGACUUGAAGAGUAACAUUUUGAAGGCUCAAGUAGAAGCAGUGCAUAAGGUUACAAGAGAAGGUAGCUUAUUAAGUCAUAAAAAUGCCAAAGUUCAGGAUGCUGCCACGAACAGUGCUGUAUUAAAUGAGAAUAAUGUGCCCAUCCUUGAAGAUUCUCUUGCUUUGAUGCAUGCCACACCUGCAGAAAAUGGUUCUGUUCUAAAGGAUGCUACAGAUGAAUUGGAUGCCUUGCUUUUAUCUCUAACUGAGAAUCUAAUUGACCACACAGUCACACCUCAGGUAUCUUCAACAUCCAUGAUCAUACCCCGGUGGAUUGUGCCACAGAGCGGUGUCCUUUCUAAUGGACUUGCAGGGAAUGGACCGUCCUUGGCAGGGAAGGAGGGACAUGGUAAUAGAGAAGUGAUGUCGCUGAUCUCUCCCCCAGCACCGUUCUUGGUGGAUGCUGUGACCAGUUCUGCUCCAGCUUUGGCGGAGGACGCCAUCUUGAAGCAGAAGUGUUUACUGACGACUGAGCUCUAAGCCAUCAGCUCCUCCCCGCCUGUAACUGGAGUGAAUGCCUAGUGCUCUCCAGCAGUCCGUCCGGGAGUCAGUUUCCACUGGCGUGUGUUGGAUUCAGGAGCUUGUCCUUUACUUGUGGGUAAAAACGUUCACCUACAUUUGACUUCAAAUCCAUGAGAAAACAGCUACAUUUUCCGUCCAAGUGGAAGGGUGUAAUUAUACUACAUAUUUGCCCAAAGGAGGCUAUCUGGUCUUUUACUUUCUAUAAUUUUGUUAAAAGUUGUAAAUUCCUGAAACAAGGGAAUUACUUUCCCUGUGGUUUCCUUCAAACUCUUGGCUCCACCUAGUGGUUGUGAUUGUUCAGAAUGCCUUCAUAGCUGGGCCGGCUCUGGGCCUUUUGAAUGUUCUCUCUCUCUAGUAGCAGGGUGAGUGUCCUUGAUCUGAGUUCCUUUUAGAGAAAUUGCAUUUUCCAUGCAUUACCUGGAAAUCAAGAAUUUAGGAAAUUAAUGAGGACAUUAUGUAGGUAGAUUAGGGGCUAGCUUCUUUACAAUUAUUACAAGAGUAAAGAGAAGCUUCGAAUACAGAGGGUUUUCAAAUGUCUCCCAUACUUUUGACUUCUUACUGGACUAGCUAUCUUAAUACUUCAAGUUGACAUCAGGCAAGAUAAACCUCGAGAAGAACUACAGAGAAAUCAAUUGCCCAUUGUGUUUUUUUCAGCCUUGUCUUCCCACAGGAAGCACUGGCAUGUACCACACACACAUUGUGUAACUUUUCAGUGUGGAAGGAGCUGGGGUAGGUUAAAGAGACUCUGGGGUAUUUACCCCAGGCAUCCAUACUUCUUCCUGAGCCUGAGGGGAGUCUAGCCCCUGUAGACUCAGGUCGUGAAGGAGUAGCACAGCAAUUUCUGGGGCUGUCACUGCUGCACACUGGUACCUGUUUGGACACAGGCUCCAUUUCCUUUUAGUAUAAAUUUAGAAAAAGGAAGAAAAAACAAAAAUGCCAGGACAGAAAUAGGGAAUCAGGGGGUGGGGGAAUUUUGUUUCUUGAACGCCUGCCAUGUCUGAAACUAUAUGCAACACACUGAAAGAACUCAUAUCUUGUACUACAUUAGGAAUUGUGUGUUAGUUAAAAAAAAUUCUCUAGAAUUUCCUUAUCACUUUUGGUCUGUACAAAAAAAUUCUGGAUGUUAAAGUAGAAAAUAGAGAAAAGUGUAAAAAUAACCACCUGUGAUCUCAACACCCAGAAAAACAGUAUUUUAGCUUUAAAACUUGAGAAUGGGGGCCAGCCCCAUGGUGUAGUGGUUAAGUUUGGCAUGCUCCUCUUUGGUGGCCUGGGUUCGUGGGUUCGGAUCCCGGGCUCAGACCUACACCACUUGUCAGCCAUGCUGUGUAGCAGUGACCCUCAUAGAAGAUAGAAGAAGAUUGGCACAGAUGUUAGCUCAAGGCUAAUCUUUCUCAAGCAAAAAAAAAAGGAAGAUUGGCAACAGAUGUUAGCUCAGGGUGAAUCCUCCUCACCAAAAAAUAAAAAAUAAAACUUGAGAAUGCAUAAGAUAAACCUUAAUUGCUGCUGGGAAUGAGCAUGAUAUGGAAACCAUGUUGGUAAAGUCGUUAAUUGCUGUUAUCAAGGACUGUUGUUAAACUAUGCCUCCUGGAAUUUGUUUUUCAGUUUUCUGCCCUGUGAUGUGUAUAUAAUUGAGUGUUAAUGUAUGCUGUUCAGCGUAAAAGAACAUCCAGUUUUAUGAUCUUUAAAAUUCCAUGGUUUGGACUUUCCUGGGCUUCCUUUAGCAUCAUUAUGUGCUCAGGCAAACACACACCAGUGUCUGACUGGAAAGCUCAUGGAUUUUAAUCUUGUGCUGUUUCCCAGGGAGCUGUAGAGAUUGGAAACCACUUUUGCACAGAACUUUUUUGCCGAAGGAAAGAAAGUUGGCACUUCUUGCUGGCUGCCUCCCCUUAGCCAUUAUGCUAAGCUUCUGGAUUUCAUUGGUGGAACUCUUGCCAAUUCUUAAUUGUAAAACAAAUUUUCUCACAGCUGUAAGGACCCCCAGAACCAGGGGCUUGACCCAGGACAUGUUGGACUGGACAUCAGAUUUUCAGUGUACUGACAACCCUAGAUGUACUGAAAGGUUAAGUUGUGCUUCUAACCACAGAGCAGCUAGAGCAUUACUAGCUUGGAAAGCCUGAAUUUCCCAUCUAGUUGAGGAGGUAGCACCAUCCUCAUUUUAAACUUCCUAACAUUUGGGAAUUAAGUUGUUGAAAAUAUUCUGUAACCUUUGUGUCUUCAGGUACCUGUAUUCUUGCCAGUCAGAAUAUUGCUAAGGACUUUCUUAAAAUUCGUUUGAAUCUCAAGCUAAAAGGAAAUUUUGUCUCAUGUCCUGACAUGAAGUGCUAAACAUGGAUUUUAAUACUUCAACGAGGAAUUAGCCCUGACAGGUUAGAUACCUGCCAGGUAUAACUUUCCUGUCACAUCUGCUGCUAGUGCCAUCCCCAGAGCUGCUGUAGCACUCAUCUUGUUCUGCUCAUCUGAGAAUGGAGGGGAGGGAGGGCAGGCUGAGGAUACUGUGAGUGUGGCAGAGAGGGGAGGGGAAGAGUCUGUCUCUGUGGGGGGAGAGAGAAGUAUGUGUGAGUCAGGAAAGGAUGCCGGCAGAGCAAGAUUUGAGAUGGUAAUGGAUACGAAGGCAGACUGGUUACACUGAGGUGGGAGGACGAAGGGAGGAGGGACGGCUGUGGUGGCACUGCAGGCUGGUGGCCUUCAGGGCAUAGUACCCCAUUACAAAAGAUUAAAAUCCACCUGCACAUCUGAAUCAUCUCAUAAAUUAAGUAAACCUCUGGUCCUCAGAUGAGAUAGAAUAGCCCUACUGACUGUUCAAAAGGACAGCUAGUGGGGCAGGAAGUUUUUCUGGAUCUAGACAGUGUUCCCAUGCAAUGGUACAGUAUACUGAAAAGAAAUAUUGGCAGCGUUUAAUCAAGUCAGGAGUAAUGAAAGCAUGUUUGAAAAGAAAGCAAGAACAAUAGUUUAUUUGAGCACUCCAGCUAGAAAGCUGUUAGCAUUCCUCCACUGGAGGCAGCUGGGAGGUGAUUUAUAGCUGAGGUAACAGACCCAGAGCGGCAAGAAAUAACCGAAGGCUGCUUUAGCCACAGGCUCACCUGCUCUGUGGUUACUCUCUUUCCAGGUUUCGCUCUGGUUACUCAUUAGGAACAGUGAUGUAGAACUUGUGACCGGGGGCGGGUUUUAGGUGGGUGCUGAGAUGGCGGGGCCUCUUUUGUCCUCUUGCCGUUGCCUCGUCAUCUGUCAGGAUCCUGGUGCUCGUUGUUGCCGCUGCCGCUUUCUCGUGUUUGCUGUGGGCGCAGCUCUGGGAACACUUGGCACCGAGCCCUGCAGAGGACGGUCUGCUGCCGGCCUUGGGGGAGCGGAAGGAGGUGAAUCCCGAGUCAGCCCUUUUCACAGCCCGGUAGGGGACGGGAGGGUGGCAUGAUGGUUUAAAGUGAGAUCAGUAGUUUCCACUUUAGUCUAGGGCAGUAGUUUCUGCCCUAGACUCCUUCAGAACGCAUAUCAUAAUCAGUGAGAUCCUGUUUCUUACUGUUUGUCAGUAGCAUCACCUUUGUACCCACAGGAAGGGCUCCUCGCCCUUUUGUUUCCUGCCCUUCAGGAGACAGUGCUGAGCAGAGGAAUGCUUAGGUUGCUUUGAUCUUGAUCAAUUUAGACAUACCCUUAGCAGUUUUCCUAAAAUGUUUAUGUUAUUUUAAGAAAAAUUCUUUUUAAAAAUAUUUCUUAAAGUCUACUAAGUUUUUGUCUUUACCUUUAUCUGCUUUUGCACAAUCAUGGAUGUUCUGUGGACAAUUAAGGAUGAAAGCCCUUGGUCGUUCCUUGCAUCUGAACUGUUUUUUCUCUUAUGCUUCUCAAUUCUGGCUAAAACUGGUGCCUCUGUCUUCUCCUAGGUAAGCCCAGAAUGAAAGCUCAGUGUCACUUCAGAAACCUUGUUCGAGCAGAAUUAUUUGGCAGUCACUUACGUAGAGAAAAAUCUUUCACAUUUUUCUAUAAGUAAGGGUCUUGAGAAGCACAGUUCUCGUCUUCUCAUUUAGAGCAGGGGUCAGCAGACUUUCUCUGUGAAGAGCAGAAGUAGUUAACACUUGACUACUUAUCUCUGCUGUUGUAGUGCAGCAUAGGCAAUAGUCAGUGAGCCGGCAUGGCUCUGUUCCAGAAAGUCUCACUUAGAAAAACAGGCACCGACUCCUGAUGUGAAGCUUUGUAGAGUGGGAGAGCGGCUCCCUGGGAGGCAGGCAGUGUUGAGAGAGGUUCUGCAGCAUCGUCCGUCGCUGGGAGGCACCUGACAUUUCUAGAUGGUGGUAUCCUCAUGUGCACAGGGACAAGAUGCAGUCAUGGGUCUCAGCAGUUUGGAUUAAUUUUGCCCUCAGCCUUUUAGUUGCUUAGAAACCUGGAAUCUUCUGCAGACUGGAGAAUGUACAUUUCUAUAUUAUUUGUCCUAUUUCCCUCUCAAAAAUUUAAACACUCUGGUCCUUGAGUGAUCAGAAGAAAGUUGGCAGCUUUUCCUACCUGUUAGCCCCCAGGAUGAGGAAAUUUGUUUGGAUUAUAGAAAUUUGCCCUGAGCCUAACUCUGCUGUGUUAACAUGUUGGUAGAGCUGUGAUUAUUUCCAGUUCUAAGAGAUAGGAUCCGUAAAUCUCAUCACAUUGCUGGAGACAAUAAUUCAGUCACUUCCCAGGAUUUCUCUUUGUUAGGGAGGUGUUGUAGCACAGAUCCCUUGCUCUUUUUAUCUUCAUAUCUGGAUACGUUAGGCAGUUAUGAGGACCUCACUAACGACUUUGUGUUUACUUUUUAUAUGUGUAAAGCUUUGCAGUAGCUUUUAAAGUGUAAUUUAUUUUUCUAUCAAGUGCACUAUUCUGUCAGUGAGUUCCACAGUUUUAUAUGACUUGUAUUAGAAGCACCACACCGAACUGCGAGUUGUUUAUAACUGAAAUGAGAACUGUAGAUGUGACCACAAAUAAAGCUUUUGUGAAACAUU